GGUGGCGACCCUCUCUCGUGAAUAUAUAUGAUUGUGGUUUGAAGAGUGUUUGUGUUUAUGAUUUAUGGCAAUGAGACAGUGAUUUCCACGUUCCUCACCCAUUCCCUCUCUUGUUUCCUCCGCCUUCCCAUUUUUCUCUUUGCAAUUCCUUAAAGGGAAAUAAGAGUAGCCUCUUUCCUUUGAUUUCACAAACCAAAAUACCAUAAUGUCUCUUUCCGCACCCAAGUUUGUUCAACCUCUCUCUCCGCAUCACACUCACAGAUCCAUUGGCAGCCCAAUGUCUUUCCACGCAUCCACUCCCUUCCUUGGAUCCACUCACAAGCUUCGCUUCAUUGCCCCCAUUAAGCUCAAUCCUCGCUCUCCUUCCACUGUUGUCUCUGUCUCCGAUGUUGUCAAGGACAAAAAGCGCAAAUCAACCACCAAUCUGCUUAUUACGAAAGAGGAAGGCUUGGUGCUCUAUGAAGACAUGAUAUUAGGCAGGUCCUUUGAAGACAUGUGUGCCCAGAUGUAUUAUAGAGGAAAAAUGUUUGGUUUUGUCCACUUGUACAAUGGCCAAGAAGCUGUGUCAACUGGGUUCAUUAAGCUUCUCAAGAAAGAAGACUCUGUAGUUAGCACCUACCGGGACCAUGUUCAUGCACUGAGUAAGGGGGUCCCAGCACGUGCUGUAAUGAGUGAGCUCUUUGGGAAGGCUACGGGAUGCUCCCGAGGUCAAGGUGGAUCUAUGCACAUGUUCUCAAAGGAGCAUAAUUUGAUUGGUGGGUUUGCUUUCAUUGCUGAAGGAAUCCCUGUGGCUACAGGAGCAGCAUUUUCCAGCAAGUAUAGAAGGGAGGUGUUGAAAGAGGCAGAUUGUGAUCAUGUGACAGUGGCAUUUUUUGGAGAUGGAACAUGUAACAAUGGACAGUUUUAUGAAUGCCUAAACAUGGCAGCUUUAUGGAAAUUGCCUAUUGUGUUUGUGGUGGAAAAUAAUUUGUGGGCUAUUGGGAUGUCACAUCUCAGAUCGACUUCAGAUCCUGAGAUAUGGAAGAAAGGGCCAGCAUUUGGAAUGCCUGGGGUUCAUGUUGAUGGUAUGGACGUUUUGAAGGUCAGAGAGGUGGCAAAGGAAGCUGUUGAAAGAGCCAGACGAGGAGAGGGGCCAACCUUAGUAGAAUGUGAGACCUAUAGAUUUCGAGGACAUUCAUUGGCUGACCCUGAUGAGCUUCGUGACCCUGCUGAGAAGGCACAUUAUGCUGGUAGGGAUCCCAUCUCUGCACUGAAGAAAUACAUGAUUGAGAACAAAUUAGCCAGUGAACAACAGUUGAAGGCCAUAGAGAAGAAGAUUGAUGAGGUUGUUGAGGAAGCUGUUGAGUUCGCAGAUGCGAGCCCUCAUCCACCCCGCAGCCAGCUUCUGGAGAAUGUCUUUGCUGAUCCAAAGGGUUUUGGAAUUGGACCUGAUGGCAAGUACCGAUGUGAGGACCCAAAAUUCACUGAAGGCACUGCUCAUGUCUAAUGUUUUUUAAGUCUGACAUCUAUUGCUUGGAGUUUUCAGUUUUGGAUUCAUGUUCUUUUUCAUAUACUUACUAGAGAUCAAACGUUACAAAAUGCCCUUCAUAAAAAAAGGAGGAUUUGUUCUUUAGGUUGAAAUUUUGUUUUUUCAUAUAUUUAUUUUUAUUCAUGGAACUAGUGUCAACAAUUACAAUCUCCAAAGGUUGAUCCAUUUUAUAGCCUGUAUGCACUGUAAAAUUUUAAUCCUGCGUUUUAAUUGAGUCGUUGCAAAUAUGAGAGCCAUCCAUGCUUCUAGUGGACUUGUCUAUUAUUUUUCA